GCGUCUUGAUCAUCGCGUUGACUUAUCCAACCGCCAUGUUGAACACAGGUUCCGAUAGAAACUCUCGCUCUCGUUAAGAAUUCUACCGAAAAAACUGAAUAGUUUUAGUGAUUUUUCCCUGUGUGGACAUGGUACUAUCACCCUGUAAUUUACCCAUGCCCAACAUUCAUAGGAUUUAAUCGGGAUACACGCAAGCCACAAUUUAUUAGAAAUCUAAGAUGCCGGGGCCCCCUCCCCCGCCUCCUAUGGCCCCAGCGGCGCCUCCACCGCCUGCCUUUUCCAUGCCGAAAGGUUCUGAUGACAGAGGGGCCCUCCUAAACUCGAUUCGUAAGGGAACAAAAUUGAAAAAGACCGUCACUGUGGAUAAGAGCGCUCCUAUGAUUUCAGGGAAAGUAAACAGUGUUUCAAAUUCGAACAGCAACAACUUUGGGACGAACAACAGCACCUCAAACACCGCUAGUUCGAACCAAUCGACACCCAAUGGAUUACCGCUGGCUGGUCUUUUUGCGGGUGGCAUGCCCAAACUGAAACCCACCGGACGGCUAGGUUCGUCCACGUUGAAUUCUUCCAGUACGACGAACAUAAACAUGAACAACAACGUGGAGAGUCCUAGUCCGAAGGUACAGCAGCCCGCGAGGAAUUUUAUCAGCGUGCAGGAUCAGCUGAAGAAGCAGUUGACGAGUCCCAGUGAUACGAGGACCAGAGGGCCUCCACCACCGGCUCCCACUAGAAACAUGUCCGUCGACGAAACGAAAAACAUCAAAUCUCUAGGACUAACGAAUCACCCUAGUGCGAACGGUCUUCAUCUGAGCCAUACGUCCCUCCAGCCCAACACGUCCACGCUGCACCUACAGAGCGGCCGAAAGUCGAAGAGCAACGUGAACUUGGUCUCGUUGGACAGUACGGACAGUAGCGGCGGCAACGGUGUAAAUAUUAGCGCGUUCCACGCGACCAUCAAACCUGUGAUCAGCCACGGCAAACCCAACUUGGCGCCCAAACCUCCCACGCACGUGAAUGGCAAACAGGGAACACCCUUAAAAUUAAGUAUUAUACCAAAUAAACCCAUCAGCAGGGCACAAAGUAUGAGGUCGCCGCGAACGCCUUCCCCCCAAACCCCCAACUUGGCCGAUACGAGCAUCAAGUUCGGAACAGUCAGGAACAUAUCGACGUUGUUGGGACCUACCAUAAACGCACAGGGUGGUCAGGUAACAAACAGGCAGCGGCCGGGUUUGGCGACGCGGCCGUCGGUACCGCCGCCGUCUGUUCCCGCGCCUGCCGCCCCUUCGAAAGUGAGUGUGGUGAAGCCGCCCAAUCACGCUCCGCCGCCACCUCCGAGUAUUCCACAGCCGCCCUCUACGGCGCCGCCUCCGCCGCCCAAUAAGACGCAGCAGACGGUAAUGGCGCAGCCGGUACGACCGCCCCCUGCGAUACCAAACAGUAACCACAACAGUGCCAAUAAUCCGCCUCCACCGCCACCUCGCGGCUCCUCGAUGAGGGACACCAACCAAACGCGGCGAUCGUUCACCGAUUUCGAUGUGAAAUUCCAGGACAAGUUUGCCACGCCCGACGACUUUCCUCGUCCGCCCCAUUACAGGAAUGUCAUCAAGCUCUAUUCGAACAGUCAAGCGACAAACAAGCAACAAGCCCCCCUGCCUCCUCAUUUACAGGCGCCCAGUAGAGUUUGGAAUUCCACUUCGACUUGCUAGCAUCAAAUUUCGUAAUUAUUAAGACACUAACUGCGAUAAUUCAACGUUUUUUAAUAAUAAUAAUAAAUAACGUCUGGAAAUACUCGACCAUUAAAAUAAGCGGGCACCCUGUUUUCACCGACCACCUUGAAGCCGACAUGGUGUGGUCGUUGUGACGUCACUUCAGGGCGAGUCGAAAUUAAAAAUAAACUUUGUUAACCAUUGGGGCCUUAUUAGUCAUAGUUACUAGGUAGAUACGUUCGUUUGAAAGUAUUUAGAAGGUUUUUUUUUGGAUUUAGAAAAAUAUUGGGAUGUAUUUGUUAACAUAAUUUUGCCCUGAAGUGAAAGAGUUUAUUUUUCGGUAGUUUCAAAGUAACAUUUGUAGGGGGCAUGCCUGUGUUUUUGUAUACUGGGUGGUCCGAAUUAUAUUCGGGCAACUUCGGCAGCAUAUUCUGCAUAUAAAAAUAAGUAAAAAAGUUCGUGAAAAAUUAUGUUCUUAAAUGUUUCGUUUCGGAGAUACUUACAGGUUAUAGAAGUUUAAUUUUUAAUAAUUUUUUUAUUCCAUAUAAUUUCUGAACUAAUGUAGAUAUUUUGAUGAAAGUUGGUGUCUGGGUGUUUUUUUGACAUGAGAAAUUCGAUUUUGAUAUCAGUAUGACUGCUAUUUGUAGGAGGCGCCACCUACUUUUUUUUUCUUGUUUUGAAGAGGACGUAACUUAUUACACAAACAAAUUUACCCUUUAUUACAUAACAAAUGGCAAAAUUAUAUAUUUUUUCUCUCAGUAGUGUAAUACAGGCACGGACAGUUGUUACUCUUCAGAACAGCUAAAAACUUGCAAGUGGUGCCUCCUAUAAGUAGGAGUCUUACUCACAUAGAUAUGGAAUUUCUCAUGUCAAAAAACACCAAUUUUCAUCCAAACAUCUACGUUAGUUCAGAAAUUAUUUGAAAAAAAAACUAAAUAAAAAUGAAAUGUCUACACCAGGGGGUCUCCGAAACGAAACAUUUUAAGAAAUACAUUUGUACGUUUAUCUGCAGAA